AUGAUAAGUAUUAUCACGAUCGGAGUGGUUUCAGUUUGGAGUGUGACAUCUGUGACUGGGAGUGUGACGUAUUUUUGUGCCUCCCGAAGAAGAAUAGAACAGGCCCGUUCAAGGAGACAUAAUAGCCUGAAGGAUAAGUCUAAUAAGUUAUACCAAAGACAUGAGAGAUGGUCGUCUAUAGAUUCCUCAUCUCUCAAGGCCCGACCUCAAUCGAGUCCAAAUCUAACUCCUGCUGAACUGAGAUCCCUGUCUGUGAUACGGCAUCCUCAACUGACUCCUAAUGAGAUUCAAAAUCAUCCUGUGGAUGAUGAGGUACAUAAUGACGAUAAAGAACACACUGAUGAUAAAGAACACACUGAUGAUAAAGAGCAACUUAUUUUGUAUAAAUUGCAACCAGAUAAUACUAAACCAGCUAAAGUCAUAAAUGUACUGGAUACUGAAUCAAAUACGAUAAGAUUUAGAUUUGUCAAACCUAGUGUUAGAUUACAUUCCGAUAAUUUAUUCUGGAUUCAUGACUACUAUUUUGAAAACUUAAACCACCCUUCAAAUAAUAGAGUGGCAUCGGUUUAUAAUGCUAACGUGGGAAACGGUGGUUAUGUUGAAAUUCUUACCAAUAAUCCGAGUGAGGAUCAAAAUGAUUCAGUUUCUAAGAAUGAUUUCUCAAAUGUCACUGGUCUGACUUUUGAUACUAGUGACAGGGGCACUUUGAAUCAUAAAGAUUCUCAAAAAUCUCUAUAUCAAUCCAUUCUCAUUAAAUUCAAUUUAUCUGAGUUUGAAAAUUCAAAUAUAAUUGAGGGUGAUGAUAUAAGUCAAAGUUUACCUACAAGAGCACGGAAGAUUUCUUCUGCUUAUGAAAGAAGACUUUCUGAUAUUUCAGGUCUUAGUGAUACUAAAACUUUAGAUUUCAAUGAUCACACUUUGAAGACAGGUGAAAAAGUUCACGUCUCUUCAAAGCUCACUAAAAAUUUCUUUGAAUUCAAACUUCAACACGAUAAAAAUUAUAACUCUUAUAGGUGGAAUCCUUCAUCUGGUCACUUGAAAAGAGUGGAUCGAAAGGGUAACAUGAAAGAUGUCGCUAAUAUAAUUAGAGGUGAUCGUCCUCAUGAAUAUUUAAUCGAAAUUGAUCAGGCUAAAAUUGAUCCUACAGUGGCUCUUUGUACCUCUUUGAUAAUAAUGAAUAAAAUUUAG